AUGGUCAUGGACUUGAAGGUCCAGCACUACCGCGGCCAGGACUAUCUCACCUUCUGGGCGGGUGACGACGACGGGACCCGGGGAAUUGGCUCAUACUAUAUGGUACCAACCCUAACCAUGCAUCUCAACCGACCACAACUAACGGCCCAGCUCAACUCCUCCUACGAGGUUGCACACGUCGUCUCCGCCGCCAACGGCCACGACGGCGACGUGCACGAGUUCAAAAUCACCGACCACGGCACCGCUCUCCUCACCGUCUACGACAUCGUCCCGGCCGACCUGACGCCCGUCGGCGGCCCCGCGGACGGCUGGAUCUACGACGGUCUCUUCCAGGAAAUCGACAUCGACACCGGCGCCCUCCUCUUCGAGUGGCGCGCGCGCGACCACCACGCCCUCGACGAGUCCUUCUACCCGCUCGACGAGGACCACGGCACCCCCGCCGCCCCCUACGACUACUUCCACAUCAACAGCGUGGACAAGCACCCAACCACCGGCAACUACCUCGUCUCCUCCCGCUACCUGCACACGGUCACCUGCAUCGCGCCCACCGGCGACAUCCUCUGGAUCCUCGGCGGCAAGCGCAACAUGUUCGCCCCCGUCGACGACCUCGCAACCGCCUUCACCUGGCAACACGAUGCCCGCUGGCUCUCACCCACCGAGAUCUCCCUCCUCGACAACGGCGCCCACGAACACCUCCGCACCUCCGACCACUCCCGCGGCUACCGCAUCGCCCUCGAUCUGGACCCGGCUGCGCGCACCGCCGCCGUCACCGCCGUCUACGACGCCCCCGGCCGCUUCAGCGCACACUCCCAGGGCAACCUGCAGCGGCUGGCCGCGUCGCAGAACGUCUUCGUCGGCUGGGGCAAGGCCGCCGCCUUUACCGAGUUUGACGCGGACGGCGCCGAAGUCCUCUGCCACGCCCACUACGCCCCGCGCGUGUUCUUCUGGUUCGGCUGGGUCAAGUCCUACCGCGUGUUCAAGACGAGUCGCUGGACAGGCCGGCCGACGCUCCCGCCGGACAUUGCGGUUGAUGACGCCGCGCGGAUGGUCUACGUUAGCUGGAACGGCGCUACCGAUGUCGCGGGGUGGGCGUUGCAGACGCACGGCGCAGACGACGGGUUCCGCACGGUGCAGUACGUGCCGAAGCGCGGGUUCGAGACGGCCCUCGACGUCGCCGGCGUCGACGGGUACCUCCGCGUCGUGGCGGUGGGGUUUGACGGGGAGGAGAUGGAGGAUGGUGUGUCGCAGGUGUUUACCGUUUCGCACGGGACAUCAACAGACACCCUCGGCGCGGUCGACGAACCGCUCCAGCACGCCCUCGUCGGCGCCUGCGCGCUGGGCGCCGUCCUCGCCGCCUGCUGGAAAAGUCGUCUGUGUCUGCGCGCGCGAACCCAGUCUUUUCGAUGA